AUGGAGAGAAGUCGUUUCCUCUUGUCAAUAACGUUGUUGCUGGUACACCACAGUUCUAUAUGUACAGUAGGUGCAACACAAACCAACAUCACCACAGACCAGUCUGCUCUUCUUGCUCUGAAAUCUCAUAUCACUAGUGAUCCUCACAACAUCUUGGUCAACUGGUCAACCACCACCUCCGUCUGCAACUGGGUUGGCAUUACUUGUGGUGCUCGCCACCACAGAGUAGCAUCAUUGAAUCUCUCGUAUAUGAGUUUCACAGGCACCAUUCCACCACACUUGGUCAACCUCUCAUUCCUUGUUACACUAACCUUUAGAAAUAACAGCUUCCAUGGUACUUUGCCCCAUGAAUUGUCUUAUUUGCGUCGCCUGAAGUUGAUUAGCUUCGGAUUCAACAAUUUUAUGGGAUCCAUUCCAUCGUGGUUUGGGUCCUUCCCCAAACUUCAAAUAUUGAAUUUGUAUGGAAAUCAGUUUUCAGGUACCAUACCUUUGACUAUCUUCAACUUGUCUACAUUGCAAACCAUAGAUCUAAGCAUUAACAAACUAUCAGGUGCAAUACCCAAAGAAAUAGGGAACUUAACAAUGUUGAAGAAGAUAUACCUUGACUCCAACAACUUCAAUGAAAUUCCAAAAGAGAUUGGCUUUUUAGAUCAUGUGGAAGAGUUAUAUGUGCUGUACAAUGCCCUAAAAGGCUUUGUUCCUGUAGUUGUUUUCAACAUGUCUUCUUUGAUCACGUUGGCUCUAUAUGGAAACAGCUUGAGUGGUGGUCUUCCAGACAAUAUAUGCCAACAUCUUCCUAGUCUUCAAAAGUUGGAUUUGGGUCGCAACCAAUUUGAUGGUCCACUUCCAUCCAAAUUAUGGCAAUGCAGAGAGCUUCUUAUACUAUAUUUGGAGGAAAACAAUUUCAGUGGAAGCAUACCAAAAAAUAUUGGGAACUUAACAAUGAUGAAGGUGAUAUCCCUGAAAUACAACAAUUUGACGGGCACUAUACCAGACGAGAUCGGUGAUCUUCCAAAUUUAGAGUUUUUGUCAAUCAUACAGAAUAAUCUCAAUGGCCUCAUCCCAUCUUCAAUCUUCAAUAUCUCCACAAUGAGAACAUUGUCGCUUUCUUUGAAUCAGCUAUCAGGUAGCCUCCUAGCAAACAUAGGCCUUGGGCUUCCAAACCUACAACACCUUCAUAUAGCAAGCACUGACCUCAGCGGAGUAAUCCCUAACCUCUCCAAUUCUUCUAUGCUCACGGAGCUAGACUUGGGCCAAAACUCAUUUACAGGGUUUAUUCCAACCACGCUAUGUGCCUUAACAAACCUUAAGCGGCUUAGGUUAUCAAUGAAUAAUUUGACGAUUGAUACUUCCACUCCAGAAGCAACCACUCUCUCUUGUUUGGCUAAUCUUAGAAGUUUGACAACACUAAACUUGGAUGCUAAUCCGUUAAAUGCCACACUUGAUGAUUCCUUUUCGAAUUUCUCUACAUCGACGCUUCAACAUAUUGGUUUAAGAAACUGCAGCAUGAGGGGUAACAUUCCCAUUGGUAUUGGCAACAUUAGCAGCUUGGUAAUCUUAGACCUCGGAAACAAUCAAUUGAGUGGAUCAAUUCCAACUUCAUUAGGAAGACUUGGAAAUCUCCAAGGUAUGAACUUGAAUUACAACAAAUUUCAAGGUUACAUCCCAUAUCAACUUUGUCAACUAUAUAACCUAGUUUACUUACAGUUGGCUAAUAAUCAGCUCUCUGGUUCUAUACCUUCAUGCUUGGGUAAUCUAGCCGCAUCUCUAAGAUAUCUAUCACUAGAGUCCAAUUUGUUGAGUUCCACAAUACCAUCUACUUUUUGGAGACUUGCCUAUAUCUUACAAGUAAACUUAUCAUCCAAUUCUCUAAUUGGACCUCUCUCACAAGAUAUUGCAGCGUUGAAAGUUGUGGAAGUUGCAGAUUUAUCAAAUAACCAUUUAUCUGGUGUUAUACCAAGCACCAUUGAGGGUCUUUUGGAUUUGAAUAUUCUAUCCUUGGCAAAUAAUAAUUUGGAAGGCCCUAUUCCAAGUUCUUUUCACCACUUGCUAAGCCUGCAACUCUUGAAUUUAUCCAGAAACAAUCUAUCUGGAGUGAUUCCCAAGUCUUUAGAAGCUCUGUCAUUUCUCAAGUAUCUGGAUUUGUCUUUCAACAGGCUCCAUGGAGAAAUUCCAACAGGUGGACCAUUCCAAAACUUCUCUGCUCAAUCAUUUGUCUCAAACAACGCAUUCUGUGGUGCACCCCGACUUCAUGUUCCACCAUGCAAAAAUACUACACUUGAACCAAAUUGGAAGAAAGCUGAAUAUAUCAUCCCAGGGAUCAUAUCACUAAUUCUCCUAGUGGCCUCAAUAUCUAUAUUUGUACUACACAGGAAAAGAAAUGUGGAAGUUGCAGGAGAGGCUACCUCGUUGCCUCAACUUCUUUGGAGAAGAAUUUCACACCUAGAACUUCUAAGGGCCACAAAUGGAUUUAACGAAAACAACUUACUCGGAAGUGGGGGUUUUGGCUCAGUGUAUAAAGGGACACUUUCAGAUGGAAUAGAUGUUGCAGUAAAGGUUUUCAAUUUACAGCUAGAAGGGGCUUUCAAGAGUUUUGAUAGGGAAUGUGAAAUGCUAAGCAAUAUUCGUCAUAGAAACCUUAUCAAAAUCAUCAGCUGUUGCAGUGAACUUGAUUUCAAAGCCUUGGUACUGAACUACAUGCCUAAUGGGAGCCUGGACAAGUGGCUAUAUUCUCAAAACUAUUCUUUGAAUAUCUUACAGAGGUUGAACAUAAUGAUAGAUGUUGCGGCGGCAGUGGAAUACCUACACCAUGGUUAUUCAAUACCUAUUGUGCACUGUGAUAUGAAGCCCAGCAAUAUACUACUAGAUGAUGAUAUGGUUGCACAUGUUGCUGAUUUUGGAAUUGCAAAACUCUUAGGUGGAGGAGAUUCUAUUACCCAAACCAUGACCCUAGCCACAGUUGGGUAUAUGGCUCCAGAGUAUGGAAUGGAAGGAAUAGUUUCAACAAGAGGGGAUGUGUAUAGUUUUGGUAUUGUGCUCAUGGAAACAUUCACAAAAAGGAAGCCAACAGAUGAGAUGUUUGUUGGGGAAAUGGAUUUAAAGCAAUGGAUUGCAGACUCACUAGUAUUACCACGUGGAAUCAUAGAUGAAGUUGUGGAUGCCAAUUUGCUUGGGAUUGGGACAGAGCAGGAAGAUGAUGAUCAUGUGAGGAAGAGGGAUUGCAUAUCAGCCAUUAUGAGAUUAGCUCUUACUUGCUGUGUAGAAUCACCAAAAGAGAGGAUAAGUAUGAAAGAAGCUGUAACCACACUCAACAAAAUCAAGACAAAGUUUUUUAAGGACACUGCUGCAGGAAGAGUUGUUGUCAAAUCCCGGGAUCGGCUCUGCCGUAACACGAUAUUGUCUGUUUUGGGCCCCCCUCUCUACCCCCACGGUUUUGUUUCUGGGAACUCACGAGCAACUUCCCAGUGGGUCACCCAUCCUGGGAUUGCUCUAGCCCCAACUUGCUUAACUUCGGAGUUCCCAUGA